GAUCUCUCCCCACAACCACAAGGCCACAUCUACCUUGCAUCUCUAGCAAGUUAAGGUCAUUUAUCAGCAGCAAAUACACAAUCAAGUUUAAGAAAAUGUCUCUUGUCACAGAAGAGAUCAAGGCCAAAGCUGAGGUCUACUAUGGAGAUGAAAUCUGCCAAGAGAAAACAAAGCUGUUGCUCAAGGAAGUAGGGCUGCCAAAUGGGCUCUUGCCCUUGCGUGACAUUAUAGAAUGUGGCAUUGUGAUGGAGACAGGUUUUGUGUGGCUGAAGCAGAAGAAGAGCAUAACCCACAAGUUUGACAAGGUUGGGAGACUGGCGUCCUAUGCACCUGAGGUCACAGCAUUUGUGGAGCGUGGCAAGAUCAAGAAGCUCACUGGGGUGAAGACCAAGGAGCUCUUGAUUUGGGUCUCACUAAGUGACAUCUAUCUGAAUGACCCACCAAAUGGAAAGAUCGUUUUCCAGGUACCUUCUGGGAUCCACAGAUCUUUCCCAUGUUCAGCUUUUGAGGUUGAGGAAACUAAAGAUGUUAAGGAACAAAACAAGGAAGUGAAAGCUGCUGGGGAAGUAAAGGAAGUGAAAGCUGCUGUGAAGUAAAGGAUGUGUGAGUAGCUUAGUUUGCAAGUUUGAGUAUUGAGAAAUCGUUUUAUCAGCUGUUUUUUGCUACUCCUGUUCCCUAUCCGUGUUGAAGGUUUAAGUUGUUUGUUGGUAAUAAAAUGCUUUUGAAUUUCAUAA